CUCACACAACUACAGCCGCAGCAUAACGCGUCGUCGUGUCGUUGCUGUCUACGUCACGUCGGUUCGGCAAUGUUUUAAUUACCCGCAAUUGCGAACUCAAUUGAAACCCAGAAUGCUCCCUCAAUUGCAUAACAGCACUUGCGCAUGAGUGUGUGUGUGUGUGGGCACGCUUGAGACCGAAACACACCACACCACGCAGCAGCAGUAGAAGCGCGGCGAAAGGCGACAGUAAGAACGAAGGAACCGGAAAUCACUUGGAAUUUCGAUUUUUGCUGCAUUUAAUGAGGAUACGCCAGGCUGGAUCCCAGGAUUGGAUUUAAAUAAAAAGUUUACCACAUCCGGGUUCGAUAAAUCGACAGCAUGCAGCGCUGCUGACUAUCGAUAGGCGCUCACACUGCCACCACCAGCAACAACAACAGUAUUUCCCGAACAAUUUUACAUAACUACAAACCUACAUCGCAGUCACAUUCGUACGUUUCGAGUGAUAUGGCCGUGUUCCUGAUCAACGUCUGCAAGUACAAUGGCUGCGGCAUUACAUUUCCAAGCUUGGGCGAUUUAAUAUCACACAUCGAGGACACCCACAUAGACUAUGAUCCAAAGGUGGUCGAACAGAAGGAGCAGGCCCAGCCUGCCUGUCUGCCCCUAAGCUAUGUCCUGCGCUUCAUCACCGAGGAGAACCGAAAGGAGGCGGUUGCGGCGGGCAACUACCUAGCCAGCAACAACAGCAACACCGCACCACCAACAACAAACAGCGGCUCCAACAACGCCGGUCAUGGAACCGCCAACAAUGUGGAGCUCAAGCGUAAGCUGGCCAUCAAGCACCAUAGCUACAGCAUGUCCUCGUCCAACCGCAGCACAACGCCAACAGGCAGUGAAAUGGACGAGGAUGAAAUGGUGGUCACAGAGUCAGAGGAUAGCAACGACUCGUGGACUACUGAAGAGUUUAGCUCAGAGUUCAUCAUGCGCUAUGGCAGCAGGCAUUCCGGUGGCGGAAGUAACGGCACGCCUGGCAAUGAGAAACCCUUCGCCUGCCCUGUUCCUGGAUGCAAGAAGCGUUAUAAGAACGUCAACGGCAUCAAGUACCAUUCAAAGAAUGGUCACAAAAAGGAUGGAAGAGUGCGCAAGGGUUACAAGUGUCACUGCGGCAAGAGCUACAAGACGGCCCAGGGCCUGAAGAACCAUGCUCUGCACACGCACAACUCCCAGCCGGAGAGUGUGCUAAAUGCCCAGCUGGCCACUGCUUUGGAAACGGCAGCAGCCACUGCAAAUGCCACUGUUGGGAGUAACAACUCUAAUCCCCCGCCGCCCGUCAUCCAGCGCAGCAAUUCCCCAUCGCAAUCGCUGGGCUCGCUAAGUCCCUCAAGCAUCAGCAACAUGUCGAGCAGCGCCAGCAGUUGCCAAGGUGGCAGUAGCAGCCUCUCCAACAACAUCGGCAACAUAAGCAGCACCAGCAAUACAGCAGCCGUUUUGACCGGAAAUGGCAGUGUUCUGCAGCAGCUCAGCACUGGGAAUGUAGUCACGUUGACCAAUCUUCCCACCCAGCAGCAGCCACACCAACAGCAGCAGAUCCAACAGAACGGCGGCUCUGGAACAGGUAACACCAACAACACUUUAAUGCGCAGCACACUCGGUUUAGUAUCCAUUAAAGCCAACAAUAAUGGCAACAACACGCAGACUGCCAAGUCAGUUAGCAACCUAAUGGCAGCCAAUGCAACUGCCAGCAAGAUACUCAAGCUGGCCACCAACGUGGCCAACGGUGGCUCCUCAGCAUUGGACAUUGUGCAGCAGCAGCACAACGGAAACAACAAAAUAACGAAUGGCCAAACCAUUCUCAACGGCAACAAUGGCAACAAACCGCUGCCCAAUUUGGUUAAUUUGGGCAUUCUUACGCCGGCCACCUCGCCCACCAAAAACACUCAGACGCUGACCUUCACCACCACCACCAAUGGGAACAGCACCCAGCAGCAGGCGCUGGUGGCCUCGUUAGCUAAGAAGACGAACAUACUACUGCUCCAGGAGCCCACAACUCCGAGCCAGUUGCUUCAGCAUGCACAGCAGCAACAGGCACAACAGGCGCAACAACACCAUGUGUUGCCCAUCAGUCCGACGAGCAGCAUUAGCGGAAACAGCAGCAAAAGCAGCUCGCCAACGCCCCAUCAACAACAACAGGUGCUCAUGAAGAAGGGCAAGCUGGUGGAACUUGUGGAGCCCAUGGACACGGACACGGAUGGGCAGAGCGAUGGCAUUUCGGAGAGCGUAGCGGCAGCAAUAGCCAGUAUAACGGAGAGUAAAGAGGAAAUCGGAGUGGCAUCAGCGACAGUAUCAGUAGCGGGCAUUGAAGUUAUAGGCGCGGGCGCUGUCAACGAAGAGACGUAGCCUAUACUCAAGCAGCUAUUGAUGCACCGAAAGCUGGCUGGACAGGAGUCACCGCCUAAGCCGCCGCAUUAGCCUGCUUCGCGAGGAUAGGGGGAUCGCAAGACAUGUAUUCUUGACUCGGCAGAAUGCGAAAGCUUAGAGGGAGGGGGCGCCGCCAAGUUGUCAGACCUUCACUUACUCACUCACUCACUCACCAAAAAAACCAUUUUUGGAAAGAUUUCCGUAGACUGCUUACUUGUUUAGAGACCAGAAACUUAAGUUGUGUUUUAAUUUUAGUCCCCAAACCUAAAUUGUAUCAUAUAACUCGACUACACACACACAUACGCGAAUCGCAUUGAUUGUGCAAUAUAUACAAAUUUUUAUAAUUUUAUGAGAGAAUUAAUCACUAUAAUUGUAUGUAUGACUAUCAUCAUGCUUGUAUUAAACUAUUUACAACGGC